UGGUCUUUGAUUACGCAAAACAUAAUGGCGCUGCCCACGUAGUUACGAAGUGCUCCUCUCUGUUGAGUACAUUUGUAUUUUAUCCACAUUUAAGAGAAAUGUUUGACAUAUUGAAAAAAAAAAGACGAGUCAGAUAACUUUCCGGAACCCUCAGGUUCUUAAUAUUAUCAAAUUGAGAUAAAGCAAUUGCUGUUUAGGUCAUAACACAGCGCUAUGUCUGGGUCAAAUGUUUGGCAUCGCAGCCGGGAGAAAUUGAGACGUUUUCCAGAAUUCUUUGCACAAUGUGCGGAAGAGGCAGCAGCUUAUGGCAAAUGUGUGGCAGCUACCACAGUAAGCAAGCAGGAAUUGAAGAAGGACCAUUGUGCGAAAGAAUUUGCUGCCCUGAAAACGUGCUUUUCAAAUGCUGCCAAGAAAAACUGCAAAUGAGCAGGAAAUCCCUAUUGGAUGCAAUUGGAGAAAUCAACUGAGAGAUGAACAAUGCUGCGAAAUCACGUCUGACAAGGAACGUACUGAAUGUAGGUGUCAUAAUAUACUCAAAAAGGACGGCUUAUCAUGUGCCAUGAAUGGAAAAACUCAAACAUUUCUAAAACAAUCUUAAUAAACUGAUCGAGUGGUGCGCACAGCUGCCUCACAGUUCUGGGUUCGAAUCUCAUUCUAUGCGGUUUAAACUGCCUGAGAGAACGACUUGCAACGGUGUGAUGGAGCCUUUAUUAUCAUCCGAGUGCACAUUAAAACAUUGUCGAUAGAAAAAUAGUCAGAAAAUAACCUCUGUACAAAAGCGAGACGUGCUGACAAAAUGGUUUGCACUCCAUUUUUUGAUACAAUACUGAUGCCUGUUCAAUAUAUAACAGUAAUUCUACAGCAAAAAUACCUGACAUGACCAUUGCUGCACAUGGGUACAAAAGGCAUGGAAAUCAAAGGGAAAAUAGAGGCUCUUCAGUCAUGACUGAAGCGUCACUAAACAGUUAAAAAAAAA